AUGAGCAUUUCGAAUAAAGAAUUGCUGGAAUCAAGCGAUGCAGGAUUGAUUUCGCCGUUCUUUCUAUUUAGUAAUGGUGCAGUGAGUGCAAUAACCGAAAUCAAGCCAACAACGGAAGAAAUUACGGACUGGCGAUCCAUCGAAUUGAUCAGCGCCAUAACAUUUGCCGGUGCAGUGCAGUUCAGCAUGUUCUUCACAUCACUGUGGCCAUACCUACAGCAGGUUGAUGAAUAUGCAACGGAGUCAUUUUUCGGAUACAUAACAGCGGCUUACAGCUUGGGACAAGCAGUCGCAAAUCCAGUAUUUGGUUUCUGGAGUACGCGCAUCAAUAAGACCAAGCUACCGGUGUCUGUCGGCUUGAUCCUGAUGUUCCUCGGCAAUGUUCUCUAUCUGACAAUUGAUCUGAUGCACUCAAACCAGCGAUAUACAAUGCUUGUUUGUCGUUUCAUCAAUGGAUGCGGUGCAGGAAUUAUGAGUGUUAUGCGGUCCUAUGCAAUAAUGGCAAGUUCACCAAAGGACAGGGCAAGAGCAUUAUCGGUCAACACCGGUGCUUUGGCAUUAGGCCUUUCCUUCGGACCAGCAUUUCAAAUAGCAUUUUCGCCACUCGGCUACCCAGGAUGGCAGAUUGCCGGUGCCAUCAAGUUUAACAUGUAUACAGCUCCUCCGAUAUUCUGCUUGCUGAUGAAUGCCGCUGGUCUCAUUUUUGUCCAGACCAUUUUUCGAGAGCACUAUGUUGACGUUGACAGGCGAUCCAAGAUUGCUCUGGAACAAAAAAGUUAG